CUCGCUAGUGAUUGGCUAGUUAUCCGUGCAAGCAAAACAUUCCUCUCAAGGCAAGUAGUGCAGACGAAAUAAUAUUGCUUUUAAUCGACGUUUAGACAGAAAUCGGAUACAGGACCGGAUUUUGUUCAGACGAACUGACCUUGUCAUAACAAGUUGUAAACAGACUCAUUGUUUACAAACACAACCAGGCCAACACGAGGAUAUUGGUGGGAAUUGUUUGUUGCCAGUGAGUGCACUCUUGUGGUCUGCAUGUCUGAACUAGAGGACGCAGACACUAACAAACUGAACAAUGAGAGAGGAAAUAGCGGCAGCUGUUGUCUUUCUGAAAAGACUAAUGCAGAAAUGCGAGUCUCUUCCCACUGGAAAAUUGGAAAUAUUUAUUAAGUGUCUGUCAUCAGUGUUGAUUGACCGAUUCCGGGACCAUUGGUACAAGGAAAAGCCAACAAGAGGACAAGGAUAUCGGUGCAUUACAUUUAGCCCAGCAGAACCUGUGGAUCCAGUCUUGGAGAGGGCUGCUUAUGUGUCCGGCAUCAGUCUCCAGGAACCGUUGCUGCCCAUAGAGAUGACACUUUGGGUGGACCCUAAUGAAGUUUGCUGCAGAUUCGGUGACAUCAGAGCCAACUACUGCAUGGUUGCGUCAAUGAAGGACGGAUCCCUUGACAACAAGGCCCACACGCUGGAUGUGUCCGACCUGAUCCUGCAAGCCAAGGAGCUCUACAACAAACAGCUGAACAUCACGACAACACGUGUCAACUCCAACUCCAAGCCCUUGGACAAGCCCAGGUCGUGGCAGGUCCCCCCGAACAGCCGCCCAGUAUCACAGACUGACAACCAUCACUUCACCAACAACCACAACAACAACGCGUCGGCAGACAAGGACACCAGACAGGUUGACAACAGCAACAACAACAACAAAAAGUUUUUUAACCAGAAUCACCGACGGCAGCAACAAUUUAACAAUUUCAACAACAGGCAGCCUUUUGGACAACUGGACAAUGGUCGACCGUUCAUCCCCCCUGAUUUCAGUGUCCCCCCUCCCCCUCCUCCUCCCCCCAUGGGCUUCAAGCCCUGGCAAGCACCUGGGGCAUACUCCCCACCAGCAAAGAACAAGAACUUGAACACCAGUUUCCGCAACAAGGGCUUCAAUUACAAACAUGGGCCUCCCAAACUGGGACAGGGUCUGCCGCCCAACAACGAUCGCUUCCACUGGCAGAAAGAUUUGAAGACUGUCAGUUAAAAUCUUCGUACAGCAUUUAUACAUAUGUCCAGCGUGUGCAUGGUCUUUGUUGGUGAAUGAUCAGUUAUGAUGGAGCAUUUGAAAGCUUUAGUUCAGUGAAUUUCAUCCCUGAGAUUCAAGCUGCACAGGUUCCUAGCCGAAAGGCGCAAUUUGUUUCUUUAUUUGCUGUUAAGGAUAAGAGAGAUAGAUAAGAGAUAAGAGAAGCCCAAGAUUGGUAAACUUCUGUUCAGUUGAGUAAGCUCGGCUAAUAAUGGUCCAUAUAAGAACAUAAUAGAACAUGAAAUUCUACUGGAAAAUGAUGCUAGAAAACAUCCGUGUUGACUAGUUGUCUCAAAACCUUUGGCACAGACUGGACUGAGACGAGUAUUGUAACAUUAACUUACAACAAGUAUCUGACGUUUCUACCAACUGGAAACUGAUGCAGAUGAAGUGUAUCAUUCAAAAGCUGAAAUGGUUACCAGACGUGCCUGUCCUGUUUCUAAAUCUACUCAUUGAGAGGAUUUCCCCAUUUUCUUUUGGCCUCAUCCAUGUAAAAGGGACGGGUUGGACUGAGUGCACCCACUAGUGCCAGAUAAUCUAGGGGAGUUAGUUGAUUUAUCCCUAAACUUUAGCUGUUUUAACAAAACGAGCAGAGGGCUAGUGUCUACCCCUGUAACGGUCGGGUAGCCUAGUGGUUAAAGCGUUCGCUCGUCACGCCGAAGACCCGGGGUUCGAUUCCCGACAUGGGUACAAUCUGUGAAGCCCAUUUCUGGUGUCCCCCGCCAUGAUAUUGCUGGAAUAUUGUUAAAAGCGGUGUAAAACCAUAUUCACUCACUCACUACCACUGUAAUUCUUACUGAGGUCAUUAUUAAAGUUGUGUUUAUCCACUUUUUAAAACAAUCUGUUACACAUUCAUGAUCGCAAAAGUAAUAGAAUUUCUCAAAAGAUAAAUUGAACGUUUCGUUGUCUUGGUUCUCUGAAAAUGGUAUGCAUAUGAUUGUGUCCGUAACUGAUCUGUCACUAACAAUGUGGAUGCUCUUUCUGCAGUGUCGGAAGUCAAGGCUGUCCAGGUGUCCUUGAGGUUUGCUGUGUAUGUUGUAUAUGAAAUCAAGGGACCCCUAAAAUAUCUAACUUUUAGGAUUGGUGCUUUGACAAGGACCCUUUGGCUUCGGGCCUAAUUUCGGACACUGCCGUUUGGGUUUCCUCGUAGGUGUCACAACCGGGCACUUGCCUGUACAUAUUCUGAAGUAUUUAUUACAUUGUUGAAGGCAGAGUGCCCAUGUCAGGCCCAAAAAAUAGAUGUGUGUCAGGUGACUGACUGACAUAUCAGAAUUUUAGGUAUUAUUGUUUCCGUGAAUAUGUUUGUAAUUUGUAGGUAAAUAAGUUACCCGGUAAUUAUUACCGGUACAGUUGAUUCUUAUUUAAUUUAUAUUUUCCUUUUUACAUGUUUUACUUUGGUCAGGAUUAAAAAAAAUUAAUAUGAAAAAACAUUGAUCGAUCAGUAUGGGUUUAAGGUUGAUUGAAUUUAUAUAUUUUAAAUACCGGGUACAAGCAAGGGGUGGUACACUACCAUAUUGUCAAUUAUGAACAUUUGAAAUAUUUUUUAUUAUUAUUUAAAAUGAUUUUGUUAGUUUUAUUGUUCACCUAAAACAGGAAAUUAAGUUGAUCUAGCCUGGAAUUUAUUUAUAAAAAUUUAUUAUCGCAUUAAUUCCUGAUUUGUAUGAAAGCUAACUAAAUGGGUUGUUACUAAAUGCUUGUUUUUUCACCUGAAACACAGCUGCUAUUUUUGGUCUUACUCUUUUGAAGACGUUGUUGAGGUCUAUGAUCUCACUUGGACAGUAUUGUGUUCCAUGGAGAAGCAAUGUGUGGUUCUCAUUACGCCAAGGCAAUGUGGAGUUGGUGGGGUCGAUAUUUUCACAAGGGUUUAUCUAGGAUCUUCCACUGUAAUUGUCUGAGAUGACAGCGACAAGCAUCCAUCGACUACUCUCUUUAUCUGCCUUACAUUUAUAAAAAAACUUGUAAUUUCCUCCUAUGGCCAUUUUUCCACUUUCUUUUCAUCUUCAAAUUGUAUUUGCCAGUAGGGUCGUAAAGAUAUUCUACAGUUUGGUUCAGCGCAAUGUUUGGUACCAUGAUACAAGGUUGGUAACCUUACAUUAGUGUUUAUAAAAAAAAUACAAGUACCGUAUUUGCCGUAAUAAGCGUCCCACUCUAAUAAGUGCCCACGGCAAUAUUGGCUAAUAUAUUGGCUAGUGAACAAUCCCAAUUAGCACCCAUUCCAAUUGAUCAAUGUACACAAGACUUAUAUAUUUGUGUAUAAUAUGCACUCAAGUGUUAGAAAUUGGCCCUAGUCCUA